AUGAUGGCAACAGCGGUCGACAUUGAAAGAAAUUUUAUUUGGAUUGCUGCUGGCAAGGAAGAGCCAACAGCAGAAGAAAAACAACAAAUGCUUAGCCCAAUGUUUGAUCUGAUAAAAGAAGUUAGCCAAAUGGCAGAAUCUAAACGAAAAGAAACAACUUCCAAUCAUAUAUCAGCAGUCUCUGAUGGUAUUCAAAUAUUUGGAUGGCUAAUUAUGAAACCGGCAGUCAUUUCUUAUGUGAACGAUAUGAUUGAUGCUGCAACUUUUUUUGCAAAUCGAGUUAUGAGUGAUUAUAAAGUCGAUAAUAAAAAUCCGCAUUCGAAUUGGGCAAAAGCUCUUCUUGAAGUGUUGAAUGCUAUCAAAUCGUAUGUCAGUCAGUAUCACUCGAAAGGGCUAAUUUGGAACACUGAUCCAGGAGCUUCACCUCAAAAGUCAGUCUCUUCAGUCGCAGCACCAUCUGGUUUAUCGCAAUCACCAGUUGCGUCAGCUGUGUUACCACCACCACCACCUCCACCACCACCGCUACCAGGUUUAAAAUGCGGUACAGAUAAUGCCAAUGUUGAUCGUGCAGCUCUUUUUGCUGAAAUAAAUACUGGCGAGAAUAUUACUAGACGUCUUAAAAAAGUGACUGCUGAUAUGCAAACUCAUAAAAAUCCUGCUUUACGAGCUCAUAUUGACGAAACAAAAUUUCCGAAAAUAAACGAAAUUUUACGGCCAUCAUCGGUUGCUAAUAAAAUUGAUGUGGAGAAAACAACGAAAGCAAAAACAUUUCUUGAAAAUGGAAAACAGUGGAAUAUCGAAUAUCAUAAAAACAAUCAAAAUAUCGUUGUAGAAAUAAAUGAUAUGAAACAAACCGUAUAUGUAUUCAAAUGUGAAAAUUCCAUUAUUCAGAUAAAAGGUAAAUUAAAUUCGAUAACGCUGGAUGGUUGUAAAAAAGUGGCAAUUGUUUUUGAUAGUUUAUUGUCACAAGUUGAAGUAAUCAAUUGUCAGCGAAUGAAAAUUGAAACUCGAGGAGCUAUGCCAACAUUAUCAAUACAAAAAACAGAUGGUUGUCAAGUGUUUUUGAGCAAAGAAGCGAUGUCGAAUGCCGAAAUAAUAACUAGCAAAUCAUCUGAAAUGAAUAUUCUUGUACCUAUUGGUGCUGAUGGAGAUUUCGUAAUUUUUUUUGAUAGUUCUCACAAAAUGAUGAGGAUAAAAUAA